CACAGUCACAGCCCCUCAGGGCAGCAACAGUUGGCACAGACGAGCUACAAGGACACACACAGACCUUUUGGGAUUUAAACAUAUACAGACUGAAUUUAAAUCAUGGCAGCGCUGUCAGGUGGAGAGCAAUGCAUCAAAUACCUCUUAUUCGUCUUCAAUUUCGUGUUUUGGCUUGCAGGUACUGGAGUUUUGGCUGUUGGACUCUGGCUGCGUUUCGAUGAAAGAACAAAAGGACUUUUCACUGGAGAAGGCUCCCCGUCUGUGUUCUACACGGGGGUUUACAUCCUUAUUGUGGCAGGAGCCAUCAUGAUGGUGGUCGGGUUCCUCGGCUGCUGUGGAGCAAUAAGAGAGUCAUCAUGCAUGUUGGGACUGUUCUUCUUUUUCCUGCUGAUCAUUUUUGCAGCAGAGGUGGCUGCUGGAAUCUGGGGAUUGUCCAAUCAGGACAAGAUUGUGUCAGAUGUCCAGCAGUUCUACACACAGACAUUCAACAACUACAAAGAUUCUAAGCAGGAGGCAUUGAGAGAAACUCUGCGAUUGAUUCAGUACGGAUUACAGUGCUGUGGACCAACAGGAACGGCAUUUGAUGGAGCAACUGAAACCUGUCCGAAAAAGGAGGGACUUGAAAUCCUUGUCACUGCGAGCUGCCCAGAUGUUAUUAAGGAAGUCUUCACUUCGAGGCUUCACAUCAUCGGAGGAGUUGGGAUUGGCAUUGGGGUGAUCAUGGUCUUCGGGAUGAUCUUCAGCAUGCUGCUGUGCUGUGCUAUCCGACGAACCCGGGACAUUGUAUGAGCUGUCCUUGGCACAACAGCCUGUUUUCUGCUAUGUAUUUAUCUUUUUGUGAAUGUAUGUGUGAGUCACUCCCCCUUUAUCUUUUAACAAAGCCCAGCAUUAAACAACCGAACUAAAACUGUUACAGGCCAGGCAUAUACUGGGCAGAAGGAUUAAUUGCUGUUGAGUACCUACAUAUUAAUGUCCUUGUUGAGUCCAUUUUAAUUUUUUGGGUGUUCUGAUUAAUAUUCAUAUUUGCCUGUUUGAAUGUAUGUGCAAGCUUCUGACUUUUUUUUUUAAAUUUUAUUUUAUUUUUUAACAUUUUAAGAAAUGGCUUAUAUUAUUAUUUUUGUUUAUUUUCUCUGUUCCAACAUCGGUGUAUGGAGAGAGUGUAAAACUUUGAAAUUACAAAUAAAGUAGUUGAUAACCAC